UAAAAUAUCCCUUCCCCUAUCUCUCACGAAACCCUCUUCCCAAAUCCCAAAAUAGGCCUUCCGCCUGCGUCUUCUUUUCGUGCUUGCCGGAAAAUCCGUUGUCAUUCUGUUCCUUGGUGAUGAUAAUAACAAGUUUGGGUCUUUGGGAGACAUGGAAAUAGACUUGUUUACCUCUUUAACGUGCAAGAUUUUUUCGAAGUUGUGCAAAAUUAAUUAUUACGAUGGUUGUGAUUCCAUUGUGCAGACGGGAGAUGAUUCAUACAAAUUUCUAUAUGGUGAUCAGGCUCGGCAUUCGGAUUUGAAACGAGCCAUGGCUAGCGCUGGAGAGAAUAAUCUAAAUGCUACUAAGUUACGUGAUACAGAUCUGGACAACCUUGAUGGGAAACAUACUGUUUCUGGAGAGAUUGGAGAAGGAUUCGAUGAAGCUUAUGUGGAUGACAAGGGCAAGCCUUUUCAAAAUAUCCGAAUCAAACACACUCACAAAUUGGUUGAUCCUUUCCAAUUAAGUUACUUGAUUUCAUAUGCUUCAAAGCCAAAAGAGGAGAUUGAUGUUGAUGUUGGACUAGAGGAUGAGCGGGACCUUCCUUAUGCUGAGAUAAAACCCCGUGUGCUCUGGGUUUGUAAUUUGAAUUCAGUAACUGAAGACGAAGACCUAUAUACAAUCUUCUCACGCUUUGGAACCGUGGCAUCUGCUGAAAUUAUUAGAGAUCGCGAGACUGGGGAUAGCCACUGUUAUGGUUUCAUUGAGUUUGAGGACAAUGAGGCCUGUGAGUUAGCAUAUUUUAAGAUGAUUAAUGCUGUAAUUGAUGAUCGAAGGAUACACGUUGGUUUCAGUCAGAGUGUCGCAAAGUCAUGGAACCAAUAUUGAACAACACAGCAAGCAGCAUGAGAUGAUCCUGAUCCUAAAUAGGACUAGUCGAGUUCGGGAGUGAGUGAUGAGAAGUUGAUCAAGACUGUCAUGUCUUUCCUUUUAUUUUCGUAUGAUGUUCUUAUCAUUUUGUUUAGAUAUUUGUACUAUAGUGUUUUAGAAGCUCAUGACUUGUAUUACCAUUUUUAGGGCUAUUUUGGUCUGUUCACACUGUUUUAGUUCUAAAACUCUUUAAUUUAUCUUAUGAAAGUUGCUAUUAGACUUA